UAUAUAUAGGAAAAGUAGUCAUCUAUUCAAAAACAUUUCUGCUAAACAAUGGAAGUUUUUAAUAGAAUGAAAGAUAAAGAAAAGUGGUAUAAAGAUGCUAUUGAAUACUGGCAGAAACAAGAUCCUUCAGUUGAUGGAAUGCUUCAGGGGUUUGAGAGCAUUUCUGAAAUAGAUGUAAAAGGCUCUGAUGAGUUUUUAAAUUCUUUAAAGACCAAAGGCUUACUGACUGCUACUUGUCGCAGAGCUGUGGAUUGUGGCGCCGGAAUCGGACGCGUUUCGAAACAUUUUCUGCUUAAGCGGUUUGAGGUUGUUGACAUAGUCGAGCAAUGCGAAAACUUUACUAAUAAUAUAAACAAUUACAUGGAUGACGUUAAUCUUAGCUUGAGAAUUGAAAAUAUUUACAAUGAGGGGUUACAGACAUUCAAUCCUAAACAAAAUUACUAUGACGUCAUUUGGAUCCAAUGGGUCAUUGGUCAUCUUACUGAUGAAGAUUUGAUUUCUUUCAUUAAACGGUGUCAAAAGGGCCUUACGAAUGGAGGUUGCAUUGUUAUAAAAGAUAAUAUCGCGGCACGGAAUCCUGUAUUUGAUCAAGACGACAGCAGUGUAACCAGAACGCAUCAAGACUUUAUAAACCUUUUUAAGAAAGCAGAUGCUACCCUGUUAUACAAUGACAUACAGAAAGGAUUCCCAGCUCAUCUAUUUUCAGUAAAAAUGUAUGCUCUCCGCUGAAACCAAAAAGUUGCCAGAGCGACUUUAAAUUCCAUUAGUCCGUUAAAAUAGCAGUUUUUCGUUAUUCACUGAAUAAAGGGCUUUGUCCUGUCAAAGUUUUAAUGGUUUGUCCAUUUGGUUGAGUUUGUCUCUAUAAACUUGUUUUUCCUUGUAUAAUCAGAUAUUGCAUCUAAUUUUUUCGUUUGC